GGAUAUGAUAAUCAGUACUGCGAAAGCAGCACCCUUUUGCUGAAAGACUGUGACGUUGACUACAGUACUGUUAUGGAGAAGGACGAUAUAUCGUUGAAGGAUUUUAUCGAUGGUGGCGGUGAUUUUCCGAAACAGACGUCAACGGAAAUCCCUAAUGAAAGAGGCAGAAAGCAUGCCGUCGUAGGGCAUGGAUCUAGUGACAUGUACUUCCCAGAUGGUAUACGGAGAAUUGAUUAUGUUCUGGCAUACUCAACGGAAGACCUUCUGGAAAGGAGAGAUAGCGGAGACACUCCAGAAGGUGACUUGCAGGGUACAAAGUUACCGCCGAAAGCAAGAAAAAGAGAAACAUAUGAAAAGAAUUUGAGGUCACUCGGCCUUGACCUUUUAGACGUUGAAGGCAAGUAUUGUCAGAAUACUCGUUUCGUUUUGAUUCAUGCGCCAUUUAAACUUUUAAUGAAGCAAGCGGAGACUUUGACUGUCAAAAUGCCAGUUUUGGAAAGUGAUGUUAAGGAAAGGACUGUUACUGAAGGUGUGCUGGAUAAAUUUUUGAGAAGAUUCACUUUUUUCAAUUUUGAUCAGGAAACAAACGAGAGGCUGAAAGAACCGAAUUAUUUUACAGCGCCUUUCGUUUCUUCUCGUAUUAAAUGUUAUGUUGGUAGUGAUAAUCCUGAUACUUUUUUCGACGGGUCUGAACGUAGUCGUAUGGUUUAUGAUCUUUUAAUUCGAACAAAGUACGGUGAAGAUGAUGAAGAAAUUACUCAUCGGAUUGGCAUCUCAAGGUUGUUGCAGAACGGUGCUUACACAGCAGCUUAUCCUCUUCAUGAAGCAUGUGAAAAUGAAACUUAUGACGUGAAGGAAUGUAGUAAUCGUGAAAUGUUGUACUGGAAGUGGGCUCAGAUUGGGAAUUUUUAUAAAUACCAGCCACUAAGUUUAAUCAAGAAAUAUUUCGGCUCGAAAGUUGGUAUAUAUUUUGCGUGGCUAGGUUACUACACAAAGAUUCUAAUGCCCGCUUCCUUAAUUGGCUUUUUAUUCUUCUUAUACGGCUUAGUUACUUUUUCUCAGGAUAUCCCAAGUAAUGAUAUUUGUGGAAGCGACGGGGUCGGUGCAGAAAUACUCAUGUGUCCAACAUGUAACGAGUACUGUGACUUCACGCGGCUGAAUUCAAGUUGCAUUUAUUCAAAGCUUUCAUACGUUUUUGACAAUUCAUCAACUGUGUUCUUUGCUGCCAUAAUGAGUAUCAUUGCCACUUUGUUUUUGGAAGGCUGGAAGCGAUAUCAUGCAGAACUUGCUUGGAAAUGGGGCUUGCUUGACUUUGAAAUUGAUGAGGAAACAGUUAGGCCUGAGUAUCAAGUAAAGGUGAAGGCCAUGAAGGAAAAACGUUUCAACUUAAUUACUCAAAAUUGGGAACCUUUUAUGCCAACAAAAUUACGGCUACUCCGUUUUAUCGGAUCGGGUGUUACAGUUUUAUUUUUCCUUCUACUGGUUUUGGCAUUUGUUGCUGGAGUUAUCAUUUAUCGGACGGUAUUAAUACAAGUUUUGUAUCGACAGGACAGUUUACAGAACUAUGCGUCACUGUUGACAUUUUCGACAGCAGCUGUGUUAAAUUUGAUAGUUAUUUUGAUUAUGAGCUAUGUCUAUACUUUUCUUGCCUACAAAUUAACGGAAUGGGAAUGCCCGAGAACUCAAGCAAGCUUUGAAAGCAGUUACACCUUCAAAGUUUAUUUGUUCCAGUUUAUUAAUUAUUACUCGUCAAUUUUCUACAUAGCAUUUAUCAAGGGAAACCUUUCUGGAGUUCCUGGAGGAAAGAUAUCAGGUUUGAGUCCGGAGGGUUGUGAUCCUGCAGGAUGUAUGGUAGAGCUUGUCAUACAGCUAGCGAUCAUAAUGUGUGGAAAACAGUUUUUUAGUGCGUUCGUUGAAAUUGCACUCCCAGUACUGAUGAAAAUAUUCCGUACGUGGAGGUUUGCUGUUGGUGAAACGGAAGUGCAAAAAAAUAGGCGUUUAGAAGAACAAAAAAAGAAAGAAAUAAGAACUUCGAGUGAGGAUAUUCCUCGGUACGAAAGGGACUAUGUACUGAAUCCUACAUAUGAUCAAUUUCUUUUUAACGAAUAUCUAGAAAUGGUUAUUCAAUUCGGUUUUGUGACGCUUUUUGUGUCUGCUUUCCCUCUGGCACCUUUAUUCGCACUUAUAAAUAAUAUCAUUGAAAUUAGGAUGGACGCUUACAAGUUCACUAUUACAUCUAGAAGACCAAUGCCUGAGAGGGCUAAAGAUAUCGGCAUGUGGUUGCGUAUUUUGGACGGAAUCAGUAAGGUUGCCGUACUCGUAAAUGCGUUCAUUAUUUCUUUCACAAGUGAUUUCAUACCGAAAUUAGUGUAUCAGUGGGUCUACAAUCACGAUGAGCUGUAUGGAUAUGUUAACGACUCCCUCUCCUAUUUCGAUGCUUCUUCACUUACUGUCAAAUGGAGUGAAUUUGCUGGUCAGAACAUCACUGUUUGUAGAUUUCGGGAUUAUAGAGAAAAACCAUGUACUUUAUUCAAAUCCGAGAACUGCGACAAAAAUUAUAGUAUAACGACGCAGUGGUGGAUCGUCUUGGCUUUCCGCUUAGCUUUUGUCUUAGUUUUUGAGCAUAUUGUAUUCUUUACGAAAGCACUUAUAUCUUACCUGAUUCCUGAUAUGCCAUCUAAAAUUUUCGUCCAACUUCAAAGGCAGAGAUUCCUUGCCCGUCAAGCCCGUCUUUCUAAUAUGAAAACUACAGGAAAUAACCAUCCAGCCUCGCCGACUGAAAGCGACAACGUGGCAAAUAAAAGCAGUGAUAAUUGGAAUCAAGCAAAUGCUGAUCGGAAAGAGGUCGCUUUCCAGCCUGGUCUAUUUGAAGAAGAUGACGAAAAUAUCAGCCAGAACGUAGCGUGCGUGUUAAAGGGUUCUGUUCAUUAA